AUGCCUCCCCCAGACGACCUGCUCACUGAUGACUAUGUCGCUGAAUUACUUGCCAAAGAAGCUUCGGACUGCUCACUCAAGUAUUCAGCCAUGGGUCUUGAUGCUUACAACCAGUCGGCCAAGCGCCCGGCGAAUCAACCCAAACCCAACACGCGCUUUCUAAAUCACAUCAUCCGCGACACCAACCAUCACAAUCGUACCCUGCUCGCUAGAGAGAGCGCCGAGUCGAAAGCCCGACUACGAGACCUCGAGAAUGCAGAGGAGAAGAAGCAGCGGGCCGAACAAGAACGACUCAAAAAGAAGCGACCUGGUCCUGGCGACACUCGCAAGCGCAUGUUAGGUGACAUCGCCGCUAUCAUCGGCGGAUCGUCUAAGAAGCGUAAAGUUGAUGAUCGGCCAGACGACGAGUCGACGCUCCAGGUGAGGGCUGGGAAGGUUAGUGCGAAGAUUCCGCGCGACGAGGAACAUACGAAGGGCAAAGAAAAGAGCCGUGAUGCAUCACCUUCGAGGAGCAGGAACGCUAGGAAGGAACUGUUCACGGAGCGUGAUGGAAGGCGGUCACACAUAUACAGGAGGCGCGACAACGACGAGAGAUCCAGAUCGAGGUCUACAUCAAGAGAGCGUUCUCGCCAUCAUGACCACAACCACAAAAGCUCUCUCCAGGUUCCGAGGUCCGACCGGGAUGCGGACAACGACACAGAUCAUCGUCGACACUCUUCUGUCGCGGGCGUUGAUCAAAGAAAGUCCGGUGCUCGGCGAAGGUGCAGCGACCUGUUUGACGGUCGGCCUAGUCGCUCUGCCAAUAUGCGACUAUACCGGGCGGAGCGCGCCCCUCAUGAAGCGUCAUCAGACUCAGAUCCGCUGGAAGACAUCAUUGGCCCUAAGCCACCUAAGCCUGCCCCCGUAGUUAGGAGAAGGGGCCGUGGCGUAACGGCAGACACUUCAGGUAUUAACAGUCGCUUUGCAUCUGACUACGACCCCAAGACCGAUGUCUCACUAGACGAUGAUGAUGACUGGGGCAGCUCGCUGGAGGCGCUUCGCGACCGCCAAAUGUGGAAACAGCAGGGUGCGGAUAAGCUGCGAGCCGCUGGGUUCACAGACAAGGAGAUUAAGAAGUGGGAGAAGGGCGGCAAACGGGACGAGGCAGACGUGCGCUGGAGCAAACUAGGCGAGCAGAGGGAGUGGGACCGCGGCAAGGCUCCAGUCCCUGGGCCUACGUGGAAAUGA